AGUAUCCCACUUGCAUUCAGCUUGAAGCCCAGACUUUCCAUUUUCAAACCCAGUAAUCAGUAGCCAUCAGGAGGAGUAUCUGGGAAUUUUUCUCCAACUGCACAGUAAAGAUCAGACAUUCCCCCGAUUAAAGAUCGUUAAAUCCCGCAAAAGGGUUUCUUUCUUCUGCAGCAUUGUGAGUCUAGAUGAAGCUAGGGUUUCUAUGCUUGCAGAUGAUGGUGAUUUCUUGAGGAAAGGAAGUUUGGGGGUUUUUUUGAAUCUUGAUGCUCAAUCAAGUCAAGAGGAGGAAGAAGAAGAAGAAGAAAAGGGUAAUUAUUGGUCUGUGAAGAUGAUUCAGCUGCUGCUACUGGUUCUGCUGUCGGAGGGGGUGCUGGCUUUCCUUCUGGUGGUGAAGAUUGGGCCUUUGAGGGAGCUGGUGAUGAACGGCUUGGAUCAGCUGAAGACGAUGAAGGGCACUGUUUUGACCAUUGCCGGCGUGUUCUGUGCCAUCCUGUUGUCCCACUUCUUCAGCAUUGUCAGGAUCCAGAACAAGGGUGCUAAGCUUGGGACUAUGACCCCCAUGGAUCAAGUUCUCUGGAGGACCAACUUGUUGGAAGCCACUCUCAUAGGCUUCUCCCUGUUUCUUGGUUUCUUGAUCGACCGAAUCCAUUUCUACAUUCGGGAAUUGAUUGAGCUGCAAAGUGGCGCGGCGACAUCAAAGGACGAAGUUGGAAAGCUUGAGAAAGAAAAGGUGGUGUUCAAUGAAAGGGCAAAACAAGCAGAAGAGGAAGUCAAACAACUACAGAAAGAAAUCUCAUGUUUGAAGGACGAAGUGAAAACGGCCAAGGAGGAAUGCGAAAAGAAGGGGAAACGGAUCCAAACAGCUGAAGAGAAUGUCAACUCUCUUCAGAACCAAACUGCGGCUCUUCUUCUGGAAUAUGACCGUCUCUUGGAAGAGAACCAAGAGCUUCAGAGGCAGGCAGCCGGGACUCCUGCGAGAUUUAUUUAAGAUAUUUCCAUGAAGGCUGAAGGGUAAGAAAAAUUACAAGGAUUUGGAGUUAGUAAAACUCUUGAUUCUGUUUUGACCAAUAUCGAAAUACAAUUGAGAUAUUUGGGAAGUUUUUGUAUUUUGUGUUCUUAAUCCAGCUAUGAAUCUUCCAUGAUUUUCUUUUUGCCCUUUUUUUCUUUCUUUCUUUAUAUCUUUCUUGCCUGCAGGGUUGUUCCAGUGCAGCCUGAGGUUAUAACAAUAUAUUGCUGUAUUAAACGUUUUGAGUAGAU